CGAGAGAGAGAGAACGGUGGUGUGGUGUGGCGCCUCUGAUGGUGCCCGAUUGAUUGUUGUUAAACGGUCGUACGUACGUACUUUUCACUGCGCUAAUUCGGCGUUGAUGCCCCGAGCAAACACAGGAGGUUUGUUUCCGUAAUUGCCUGUUGGUUCUUCGAGUUAGAGAGAGCGGUCUAAUCGCCAUGAACAGUGUCAUCUUGAGUGCCAAGGAUUUCAUCAAAAAGCGGAAUCUGAGGAAGGAGAAGGCGAAGAGCAAGAAGGAGCUGAAGAGGGAGCAGAGGAGCAAGAAGGCGAAGACCAGAUGGAGGAAUAUGGACGAAAUGGAGCAGUAUCUGCAGUACAUCGGCGGUGGCGCUGGAGCCCUUGCCCUUACGGGCGUCGCGGCGGCCUCCGCCUACUAUCUGGCCAACCGGCCGGCGUCGCAAAAGCCGCUUUUUCCCCUGGACGAACAGUGCAUCGUUGAAGAGGGUGCUGAACUGAUACGAGUAUCAAGGUUUUUCAAGGACGCCAAAGAUGGAAAAUUCGUCAGUUACAUGUUUCCCGACGCCAGAACCCUAUACGAAUCCUUCAGGAGAGGCGCCAAAGAAUCAAAUAACGGCCCCUGUCUCGGUUGGAGAGACUCCUACAACAGACCAUACCAAUGGAUGACCUACAACGAGGCUCUCCUGCGAGCCAAGAACUUCGGUUCAGGUCUUGUGAGUCUAGGAUUAGCCCCCAACCCCCAAACUAUUGUAGGAAUAUACUCAGUCAAUUCGCCAGAAUGGAUACUUACGGAACAGGCUGUAUACUGCUACAGUAUGGUCCUGGUGCCAUUGUACGAUACUCUAGGUCCAGACGCAUGUGCCUUCAUUAUAAAACAAGUGGAAAUGUCUGUCGUUAUUUGCGAAGACGAUCACAAAUGCAACGCGAUUUUGGAUAAAUCGCCGCGUUGCCUAAAAACCAUGAUAGUGUGCAGAGACGUGAGGCCAGCCACAAAAACGAGGGCGAAGAACAGAGGCAUAGAAAUAAUCAAGUUUACAGACAUAGAAGCCAGAGGUGCCAAAACAGACAAUCCUUUAGUUCCUCCUUUACCGACUGAUCUGUGUACGAUCUGUUACACCAGUGGUACCACGGGUAACCCCAAAGGGGUUAUGUUGACGCACGAAAACGUUAUAGCCUCUGUGAGUGCUGUUCAAAUGCAGAUGGGCGAGUACAAGCUCAAAAGCACAGACUGUAUGAUUUCGUUCCUGCCUUUAGCUCACAUGUUGGAGAGAUGCUGUGAGAACGCCAUGUAUAUGAUGGGAGGUUCCGUAGGCUUCUAUAUGGGGGACAUCAGGAGGUUAUCGGACGAUAUGAAAGCCCUGAAACCUACAGUUUCCCCAGCAGUUCCGAGACUCCUCAACAGGAUAUACGACAAGGUCAUGGCUGAUAUUAACGGGAGCUUCUUGAAGAAGUUCAUUUUCAACAUGGCGCUCAGCUCCAAAGAAGGAGAACUGAAGAGGAGCAUCGUGAGGACCAAUAGUUUUUGGGACAUGUUGGUGUUCAAAAAAGUCCAAGAGGGCAUGGGCGGCAAUUUAAGACUGAUGCUAGUGGGCUCCGCGCCCUUAGCAGAAAACGUACUGACCUUCAUCCGUUGCGCACUUGGAUGUGUGGUCGUCGAGGGCUACGGACAGACGGAAUGCUGCGCCCCCAUAACACUAUCCAUACAGGGCGAUCACAAUCCCGGCCACGUAGGGCCUCCAGUGGCGUGCUGUUGCGUGAAACUAGUCGAUGUACCGGAGAUGGAAUACUGGGCGAAAAACAACCAAGGUGAGGUGUGCGUAAAGGGCACCAACGUGUUCAAAGGCUAUUACAAGGACCCAGAGAAGACUGCGGAGACAAUCGACGAACAGGGUUGGCACCAUACAGGGGAUGUUGGUAUGUGGCAACAGAAUGGCACCCUGAAGAUAAUAGACAGGAAGAAGCACAUUUUCAAGUUGUCUCAAGGUGAAUACAUAGUUCCCGAAAAAAUCGAGAACGUUUACAUUCGUUCACAAUAUAUACAACAAGUUUUCGUAUAUGGAGAAUCCUUGAAGUCCUGUAUUGUUGCCAUCGUCGUACCUGAUGUGGACGUUAUCAAGUGUUGGGCUCAGGAGAAUUCAAUACCCGGCACUUUGAGCGUCCUCUGCAAUAAUCCAGAAGUUAAGCAACUCAUAUUUGACGAUAUGAUCGUAUGGGGGAAAGACGCUGGUUUGAAAUCGUUUGAGCAGAUAAAAGACAUAUAUCUCCAUCCUGAUCCCUUCAGUGUGCAGAACGGUCUUCUGACACCGACCAUGAAGGCUAAAAGACCACAACUCAAGGCCUAUUUCAAACCGCAACUGGAAGACAUGUAUGCCAAACUCACCUAAAACCAAGACGUCCAACAGAACGAGACAAAAAAAUAGUAUUUCCUAUAAUUUUAGCGUUGACUUCUUUCAUCUUGUAAAUUUUAUCGGGAGAAUCCGUUUCAAAUUCUCCUCCCAUAAGGAAUAAUAAUCACACGAAAUCACAAAUCAAGUAUUUAGAUGAAGUCGAAUUAUUCACUUAACAAAAUAGUUCAAUUUAGUGCUAAAAAUUCGAUUGAAACUUUCAAGGACGCAGUAUUAGAAAAAAAAAAAAAACAGAAAACGAAUAAGUCUAGUAUUUGUUAAGAAGCACCUGUUUUGAAAUCGACAUCUGUAAAAGCCUGUCAUAAUCUGAGAAAACUGUGAUAGGUGAAUGAACCACCCUGUAUAGCCAGAAUUUCGAAGAAUACACGGAUUUGAUACUAUCAGGGAAGUACUUCUGAAGAAUGAUCGGUUUUUCUGAAUUCUCCAGAAGGAUGACGUAAGAUAUGCAAUACGUAAAGUGGCCUUAAACUAUAUCUAUUUCUGUAUUAUACUUUUAGCGUUAUACGAUCGUGUUUUAUUUGUUAAUUUGGAUUAGUUUCUAUAAUUGUACAUUUAAUAUUAAACACAAUUCUUGCCUUUAGGUUUUGCUUGUGUUAUUCGAUUCUUGCCUUUCUUCGUUGGAGUUCAAUUUUAUGAUGCAAUAGUACCUACUGUAAUUUAGUGAUCGUUAUUUAUUAAAGUUAUUUACUAUAA